CAGCACAGACAAACAGAGACUACAGACGGCUGAUGGUUGCAGAGGGAGAACUAAUGAAAACUAAACAGAGUGCACGAUCCAGCAGGCAGAAAGCACACUUGCAACGCCUGAGGAAGCAUCAUCAUGAAUGCUUAUCCAAGGACAGGGAGUUUGCAAAUCACCUAACACAGCCCUUACGAAGAGCAAACAAAGGUGGGAGGACCUUAUCACCACCAGAGGUUUCAUCUGAGUUACAUGCAGCUUCCAAGAGUUUGCUGUUAGGAAGUCCAAACCAAGAGGAGGAGACCUCAUCACUAUCAUCACUGUCAGAAGUUUCAUCUGAGAUACCCCUGGAUUUGAGCACCCCUAAAAGCUCACACUCUGAUGCUAAUGAUGACCCAGAUGUACCACCCCUGAGAAGAACUGACAGCAUAUUUCUCACCAAAGAACACCUUGAACAGAUGUCCAAGGUGUCUGAUGGAUCAGAUGCGACUCAAAAUCAGACCUGCGCUACAGAUGUGGUAGUUGGAUCCUUAAGAUCUAAGAGAAGAUGGCGAGCUGAGUCUGACAGCGGUGACCCUAAAACAGAAACCUCAAUGAGGAGGUGGUCGUCUGAAGAGGUACACGCUGUGGAAAAGACACUAAUGGCCUUCAUAGAAGCAAGUAAAGUACCACGAAAGUCAGAUUGUCUUGCCUGCAUUACGGCUUCACCAGAAGCACUUAAAAGACGAAGCUGGACGAUGGUAAAAAGCUAUGUUAGAAAUCGUUUCAUUGCCACUCUUUAUGUAAGUACAAGAAAAACUAACUGAGAAGACUGCAGUUCUUGCACGUUCUUAAAUGUGUGGAUACAUGUGUUUCUCUUUGGACUUGUUCUCAAUUAUGUUGAUAAGUAUGAUGCUCUUUGCUGUUGUUCUUAAUGUGUUGCUCUGUAGAGCAACAAGAACAGUCAGUCAUGGGAUGCUGCUCUUUCUGGUUCUAUCUAUGUUCUUUAUUCAGGCCCCAGAGGAGAACUUUUCUCCUGCUUCCUCUGCUUCUCUGAGCUUUUCUGUGCAGAAUCUGUCCAAAUAUCACCUGGUUGGUGGCGUCACCACCAGAGUCCAGAGACCAGCUGAUGAGUCAGCUCAUUAAUACACUGUACUAUGGAGGGAACAUAUCUCCAGUACAUUACUUCUCGUGACGUGAACUUAAAAUGGAAGCAGAGUGAGGCUUGUAGGAUGUAACGGGGCGGAUGUUUGAAGUAAAUUCAAAGGCCAUUUUGAAUAAAUGUUUUGUGAAAAUAAAAGCUUAAUUUGUCUU